CAGAUAACGUUUCUCUCUCUUCUCCCACUUGCUCUCUCUCGCGCAUUUACACCACACGUUUCUCUGUCCACCUAUUCUACGCAAUUAUCGCUCCCCUCUUAUAUUAGUUCUUCACUGUUGACCGCACUGAACUCUUUAAAGGAAAUAACGUACUUUGAACGCGCUCACGCUAUAUUUCUUUUAGUGUAAAACGCGCAUCUCCUAUAUAAACGAAGACAAAAAAUCCUUUUAACAUUAGGGUUUGGUUUCAGAACGUUUCUGCAGCUCAAGUCUAAAACCAGUUUCUCUGUUUAUCCAGAUUUGACAAUGAGUCGUCCCCAUGAUUGUCGCCGUCCCUUCUUUGCCUUCGGAAAUCCCUUUAAAACGAUGCUCCCCAAGCGAUCUUCUCUCUCACCAAAACUUGCCCCCUUACUGAAUUCCUUCGAGCAAAGCUUAGCCGAAAGAAUAAAGAGAUUAAUCCCAAAGGAGAAGGGAGAUGCCUUGACUCUUUCAUGGAUGAAAUUGGCUAUAGAAUCUUUAGCUGAAACCCACACUGAUGUGAAGACCCUCAUUAACGACCUUCAAUUCCCGGCAUCUGAGUGGGAUGAUAAAUGGAUGGAUGCAUAUUUGGAAGACAGCGGCAAGUUACUUGACAUUAGCACGGCGUUGACAUCUCAAAUCUCUAAACUUGAUCAGGGCAUGCUUAUGCUUAACUAUAGCUUACAUUUGUUAGAUUUAUCAGUUGGAUUUCCUUCAACCGAUAAGAUGUUACGAGCCCGUGAUUCCCUUCUUGAAUGGAUGUACCAAAGUGGUUCGAAAGCAUUGAGGACUGCAUCCCCGAGGAACUCGAAGCUUGAACAUUGUUCUGGGUUAUUACAGGGAAUGGCUGGAUCUCUAUGUUCAACCAAGUUGAAAUCAUCUACAAAAGGGAAGGUUUUAUUAAGAGCCCUGUAUGGAGUUAAGGCCGAGACACUUUUUGUUUGCUGUGUUUUCACAGCUGCCCUCUCUGGCACGGCAGCACCUUUAAUGGACCUUUGUGUUCCUGAUGAGUUCUUGUGGUCUUCAUCCUUCAAUGACCUUAAAACAAGCAUUAAUGGUGACAUUAGGAGAUUGUACUCCGAAGGAUCAGUUACCAUUAUUAUUAAAGAAAUGGAAGCAGUCGAUGGCUGUGUCAUCAACCUUAAUGCCAUGAUUGAAAAUGUGUCUCGUAUUUCAGAUGUUGGUGAGAAAGAAGCUACUUCUUUAGGGAAGUCGGUGAAAGAGUUGCGGGAAAGUGUGGACAAGCUUGUGCAUGGUCUUGAUCUUGUAUCGAAGCAGUUGCAUGGUUUCUUUCAGAUUGUGCUCGGUGGGAGGGAUGCUCUUCUUUGUAACUUGAGAGUGUCUGAUUCCCAACAUGAGCGGAACGAAGCUGACGUAUUUGAAAGAUGUCAGCAAUGAAAAUAAGACGGUUUGUAAAGUAGAGCGUGUGCGAUUUGGUUGGUGAUAGAACAAUUUAUAGGUUAUAGUGUCUUCUUAUGGGCUACGGUGUGAGUGUUGUGUGAGUUCUGGUAACCUUGAGGUUUGUUUCUCGGGAAGUAUUUCAUGUAAAUAUUGUAUGUUAAUUAAACUACUACUUUAAAUUCUUUUAUUUUCCCC